AUGUUUGCUCACUUUACCCCUCGACAUAUUCCACCCCUCCUUGUUGCUGCUGCCAUGACAUUCGGUGGCCUGAUCCCAUUCUAUAAUGCCGAGUAUGCGAUCAAAGAAUUUGGCCUUCCGCAACGUAUUGCCGUCUCCAAACCAGCGCAAUCAGUGAUGCUGACAGCAUCAGCACGCAUCAGUGCAAUCGGACUUGCGCUAUGGGCAUUUUACUCUCAAGGAAAACUCGCGGAAUUCGAUACCAUCCUGAUAACCCUCGGAUAUGUCGGUCUGGUGGAUGGAUAUGUGUGCUGGCGUGAAGGAGUGCCUGUUAGGGCUGUUUUCCGGGUUACUUCAGGGGUGUUAAUUGCUGCCUGGGGCUGGUAUGGUAUGACAGAGGGACCAUGA